AUGUCAAUGACAAGUAGAAUUAGAUUACCGUUUAAACUUGGUGAUUCUAAAAAAACGGAAGUUGAAAUUAGUGAAAAUUUACGAAAAGAAGAUUUUUCAUUAAGUGAAAUUGUUCGAUAUGGCUUUCCGUAUAAACCAACAACAUUAGCGUAUGAUCCUGUACAAAAACUUCUUGCAAUUGGAACAAGAACGGGCUCGAUUAAAAUUUAUGGAGGUGCGUUUGUUGAAUGUUGUCUACCUCAUCCAACUGAAGUGGAAAUUGUUCAAUUAGUAUUCAGAAUAAAUGAGGGAGCGCUCAUUAGUGCAUGUCGUGAUAACUAUAUACAUUUAUGGAGUCUUCGACAGAAGAAGCCAGUGAUCGCCAGUUCACUGAAAUUUGUCAAAGAAAAAAUUAGUCGUUGUUUAUUACCAUUAUCGUUUAACUCAAAGUGGCUAUUAGUUGGUACCUAUUUUGGAAAUGUAUAUGUGGUUAAUCUUGAUACAUUCACAUUAUCAUCCUAUAAAAUUAUGUGGAAUAAUGCAAUUGGAAUGGGUAAAAGUACUCAUCCGGGUGUGGUUGUUGAUCUAUGUCAAAAUCCAGAAGAUCCAACAAAAAUUUACAUUGGAUUUAGUACUCAUAUUACUGCUCCAAACGCCCCAAUAGUUGGUCAUGUUGUCUGCUGGAAUUUUGUACAAAAAGUAUCCGAAAGUGUUUAUACAUUAUCUCAGGGUCUUACAUCUAUAUCCUGGCAUCAUGAAGCUCGUCAAUUUAUGUGUAGUCACUGUGAUGGAUCGUUAUCUGUUUGGAAUUUAAAAGCGACAGACAAACCUCUUAAUAUUAAUUAUCCACAUGCACGAAUAUGUAAAGACGACGUGAAAAAGUUUGGCUCUGUCAAUAAAGUUAUGUGGAGUGCAAUCAAAAAUACUGAUACAUCAUUUAUUAUAUUUUCUGGCGGAAUGCCACACACUCAACAGCAACCUCCUUCUUCAUCGGCAGCCGCUGCAUCAUCAGCAACGCCACCAGCAAAGCCGUCAUCACAUUUUUUAACAAUUAUACGUGGACAAACAACAAACGUUCUUCAUAUGGAUAAUUCAAUCGUUGAUUUUCAUGUUUUGUCGUCAUCACCUCAUGUUGCUGAUGUCCCUGAUCCAUCAGCCGUUGUUGUUCUACUUGAAAAUGAUCUUGUUGUUAUUGAUUUGAAAACAGAAAAUUAUCCGUUAUUCGAAUCGUUACAUACUAUGGAUUUGCAUGAAUCUCAAGUGACCUAUUGCGAUUAUUUAACAGAACCAAAUGCUAAUUUUUAUCAGAGCUUAUUACGUUUACAAUCAAAACAAACGCCAAAAAGAACAUUCAGUCAACAAGAGAAUCCGAUAUCUGGGGGCAAAAGUGGCAACACAAUAUUUGGUUAUAAUGAGCUUAUCAUUACAGGUCAUGCUGAUGGUUCAAUAAAAUUUUGGGAUGCGUCCGGUGUUAAUCUUGUAUUUUUAUAUAAAUUACGCACAAAUCGUUUGUUUGAUCGUGUUUAUAGCAAAGAUCAGCCAUCUAAAGAUGUGAAAACAACACGUUCGAACAGCAGUAAUGUGGAUGAACAAGGAAAUGUUUUGGUCAAUGGAGAUGGCAAAAGCGAUCCAAACGAUAAUGAUCAACCAUUUGCUAUCUAUUCAAUUAAAUUAUGUUGCGAUGGACAAUUAUUAACGGCAGUUGGAAGAGGAGGACAUGUGACACUGUUUAAAUUUAGUGGUAGUGAAUUAGAUAAAGUUGAUGAAGGACUGGGUGAUUUACCAUCUUUGGAAGUUCCCAUAUUACAUCGAAAUUCAUCUGGAUUACUUCAUGAUCAAGAGGAUACAGGUGGAGGUGGUGGAUCACAAGAAUCAACACAAAUUAAACAAUUGCAACAUAUGCAUCUAACAGAUAAAAAGGAAUUUAAGAGUUUAUUACGUGCAAAAUUUGGCUAUCGUCGAAUGGCCGGCUAUCAACCAGAAUUGGUUUGUUUAUUGUCAUGGCUUCCAACCGAUAAAGUUCCAACUUUAACGGAUACAGCAAUAAAUUCAAAAUAUGGAUUAAUGGUAUUUGGAUUCGAAAAUGGAUUAGUUGUCAUUGAUUAUCUAAGCAAGUCAAUAUUAAUGAAUAUGGCUACAGCUGAUCUCUAUGGCACAAUGGACCCGUUUCAACGAGCAACAUUAUCACCAAAACGUAAAGGUCCUUUAUCCGAUGUACUACUUUCGACUGAUGAUCCAACAUCUGUUCAUGACCAUCAGCCACAAACUCCUAUUCCUCCACAAACAGCUGAAAUACAUUCAUUCACUGGUAUUUUAAAAUCUCACGGUCGUGGACUUCGUUCUAAACGAAUUUCAAAUGACACAAUCGGCCAACCAAAUGUAAGUCGAUCACGCUCAAUAGAUUUGGUAUCGAUUAAACAACAUGGUGAUCAAGAAGAAACAAAAGCUAAUGUUUCUCAACAACAACGGUUUCAACCAGUUCUGGAUAAUCAACAACAACCUCAAACGGGAACGAUCGGAAAAACAUUGAAAAAGUUUCGAAGUCAUUUAUCUCGAUCUAGUGUUCCAACUAUCAAAAAUCCAGCUGUGUUCAUGACUCCAUCAAAUGAUGUCACAAAUCAAGAUAAUGAUUCACCAGCACAUAGUGGGGCUGAAAGUGAAGGUAGUGUCAGUGAAAAUCAGAAACAAUUCAUAUUCAGUGAAAUUCAGACAUCCAAUUCUGAUUUAACUGCUGAGCAGCAACAAUCACAACUUACUCCAUUGACUCCUGAUCAAUCAUUAUCAAGUGAUGAAAAAUUUGCGUUGCAAUCGACUUCUUCAAUACCAUCAACGAUCAUAAACAAUCCUUCCAGUAGUGAUACAUCACAAGUCGAACCAACUACAUUAUCUAAGACAUGGUCACCAUCAAUGUUCACUACAACACAACUACGCGGAACAUGUUCAUUGGAAUACUGUGAACAUAUAAAAUCUAAAACAAAUAAACGCAAAAUAAAUAUGGUUGAUCUAAGAAAAGAUCUUCCAACACCACCGUCAACAGCAACACCAACAAAUACAUCUAUGUCUAAAUCAUCUUUCUCAUCUUCGUACAACAACAAUCAAAAUAAUAAUAACAAGAACAAUAAUAGCAGCAAGGAUAAACCAUUGGUUAUUGAUAUUCCUCGUUCAACUAGUAAUUCAAGUAUUGAUAAUUUUAUUACAAGUGAAAGUGUUUGUUCUAUUCAAUUUUCUGAAUCGUAUACGUAUAAAAAUGGUAUCAUAGAUAUUCGUUUUGUAUUUAAAAAUAUUAUGUAUUAUUAUAUUCAUUUUAUUUUAGAUACAACUCUUCAUCCAAGUGUAUGGAUUGGUACAAGUACCGGAUGUGUUAUUGUUGUUAAUUUAAAUAUUAAUUAUGAGCCAAGAAAUAUAAGUGUUACACCAUCUGGAACAAUAUUUCGUUUAUGUGGACGUUUAUUGGCCAUAUCAUUUCUUGAUCAAAAAGCAACGAUUUUACCAUCUCCAACAGAAAAAUGGGAUUCGAAAAAUUUCAAAAAAUCUCAAAAAGAUACAUUCAGUCAGUCACAAGAGUCAGCAUCUCCAUCAACAACAUCGGCUAGUAAUAACGAUCGACAAUAUGCAGUUUUUUGUAGUGCAAAACAAGCACGUGUUGUUACAUUACCAUCUCAAACUUGUAUUUCAAAACAAAAAAUUUGUGAUACACUCUCAUCAUCAGCUUCGUCACACGUGAUGAGAGCAGCUAUUGUUAAAAUAGCUGGUUCAGCUUGUCUGACAUGUUAUGUUGCUAGUGGAAGAAUUCUCGUCUAUAGUUUACCAAGUUUACGUGAAUUAUACAAUACACCACUUGAAACUACAUCAGACAAUUUCAAAACAACAGUUGGAUCUACAUUUUCAUUUACCGAUCGUGGUCAUGGUUUGUAUAUGUGUUCACCAACAGAAAUACAAAAAAUAACAAUUGCAUCCGAUGUCAAAGAGCAAAUCAAUGAAAUGUUGUGUGAUUUAUACAAUCCGUCUAUAUCGAUGCCAGAAGCACCAAAACAAGGCUUCUUUCUCAAAUUAUUCAAUUCAAGUCCGAGUGUUGAUACAGAUCAACUAUUUGGUGAGGGAAAAGCGCCAUUUGGUGUUGUUAAAAAAGAAGACGUUAAUAUGAAUCAAUUGAAAACCAAAACAGAUUCAGCAGGCAGAGUCAUUGCUGACGCAAGAGAUAAAAUUAUUGAACGUGGACAAAAGCUCAAUGAAGCAGAAUUGGCAACACAAAGAUUAUCUGAAAAAGCUGAAGAAUUUGCUAAUAUGUCACAUAGAGUAAUGCUACGAGAAAAGCAGAAAAGUGAAUGGUGGCCAUUUAAUAAAAAAUCUUGA